GUUGGACGUGGAGAGGAGGACUACACCCGCCGCCGCCGUCGCUGCCGCCGCGAUCCCGCAUUUGUUUUUUUUUUUUUGCGUUUUCGCUCAUUAACCGCUUACCGCACGAUAGUCGUUGCGCGUGUGUACGAUUUUUUUUCGUCAGCUUGCACGCGCGUGCGUGAGUGUGUGUAGUUUUCUGUCCGCGCACGACGACGACGUAACGCAAACCAGAAAUUCGCGCGACGGCGUUCAGACGUGUCGCGAUUACAGCGACGGUGAACCGGCGUUUGCGUGGCAACGACGAUUUUCGUGUACCGACCGUAGAACCAUUAUAUUUCAUAUUAGUCUAGUGUAGAGUCAUUCGAGUCGGCCCGCGGCCGUUGCAGACUUCAGUAAUAAUAUUACAACGCUUUCAUUAUAAGACGCACGCGACCACACGCAGCACGUACCCGACACGACCGCGACGCCGACCCAAAGACAAAUUUUGCUACCGGUCCAAAAGACAUCACUAACACCACUGCAGCGGAAGCAGCAGGAGGUACUGCCGCCACUGGCGGUAAGUUUGCUGACGUCGUAUGUCUGUCGUGUCAUUAACGACAAAAGCAAAACGACGUAAUAGUUUAAAAGUUAAUAGAUAAAAAUAAUAUGGCCACAAUAGACGGGCGACCCGCCCAAUAUGGGGUGACGUUAAAGCAAUUACGUGAGCUCAUGGAGCACAGAGGACGUGAAGGUAUCGUAAAACUAAACGAACUGGGUGGCGUUCAGGAUGUUUGUAAAAAACUGUACACAUCACCUAGUGAAGGGUUAAGUGGAUCUACAGCCGAUCUGGAGCACAGGAAAGAGACGUUCUCCUCAAAUACCAUACCCCCUAAACCUCCAAAGACAUUCAUGCAACUUGUCUGGGAAGCUUUGCAAGAUGUCACUCUAAUUAUUUUAGAAAUUGCUGCUCUCGUAUCAUUGGGAUUAUCACUUUACAAACCUGCCGACGAAGAAUCAAUGAGUGCAGAAGACGAUGAAGCAAAACAUGGGUGGAUUGAAGGAUUAGCUAUAUUAAUAUCCGUUAUAGUGGUCGUUAUUGUAACAGCGUUUAAUGAUUAUACGAAAGAAAGACAGUUCCGUGGUCUUCAAAACCGUAUUGAAGGUGAACACAGAUUUAAUGUCAUCAGGCAUGGCGAAUUGCAACAAAUUUCCGUAGGAGAAAUAGUAGUUGGUGACAUUUGCCAGAUUAAAUACGGAGAUUUGCUACCAGCUGAUGGUGUGCUAAUUCAAAGUAACGAUUUGAAAGUUGAUGAAUCUUCAUUAACUGGAGAGUCAGACCACGUCAAAAAAGGAGAACAGUUCGAUCCCAUGGUCUUAUCAGGAACCCAUGUAAUGGAAGGCAGUGGAAAAAUGUUGGUCACUGCAGUAGGUAUAAAUUCUCAGGCUGGAAUAAUAUUCACACUCUUAGGUGCAGCAGUAGAUCAACAAGAGGAAGAAAUGAAGAAACAACGGAAAGAAGCCAAAAAACUAAAGACAAAGAAGAGCUUAACUGAUGAAGUACCACCUACUAUCAACAGCCAUGCCACUGAUAUCGGUAUGAAACAAAUGGAUAAAGGAGGUGAAACAGAUGAUGAUGCUGCCGCAGGUGGAGGACAAUCUGGUGAGUCGGAAGAACCAGCAAAAAAAGACAAGUCUGUGUUGCAAGCUAAACUCACAAAGUUGGCCAUUCAAAUUGGAUAUGCUGGAUCAACGAUUGCCGUACUCACCGUGCUUAUAUUAGUAAUUCAAUUUUGUAUCCAUACAUUUGUCAUACAACAAAAACAGUGGAAGAACCAUUACGCGGGUGAAUUUGUUCGCCACCUUAUUAUUGGUGUCACUGUCUUGGUAGUGGCUGUUCCUGAAGGACUUCCUCUCGCUGUUACUCUGUCUUUAGCAUACUCUGUCAAGAAAAUGAUGAAAGAUAACAAUUUGGUAAGACAUUUGGACGCUUGUGAAACUAUGGGUAAUGCCACUGCCAUUUGCUCUGAUAAGACCGGUACACUAACAACAAACCGAAUGACAGUUGUCCAGUCUUACAUCUGUGAAGUUCUCAGUAAAACAAUGCCACAAUUUGCAUCCAUACCAUCGAAUGUUGGAAACUUAUUAGUGCAAGCAAUAUCUAUUAAUUCAGCGUAUACGUCUAAAAUUAUGCCACCCGACGAUCCAACCAGUGAACUACCUAAACAAGUUGGUAACAAAACCGAGUGUGCACUUCUAGGAUUUAUUCUUGCUCUCGGUAAAAAUUAUCAAACAUGGCGUGAUGAUAUACCCGAAGAAAUGUUAACACGUGUGUAUACAUUUAACUCUGUGCGGAAGUCCAUGAGUACAGUCAUUCCAAGAGAAGGUGGUGGAUACAGAUUAUUUACUAAAGGUGCCUCUGAAAUCGUACUAAAAAAAUGUUCGUAUAUCUACGGUCGCGAUGGUCGAUUGGAAAAAUUCACUCGUGAAAUGCAAGAUCGUUUGGUGAGGAAUGUUAUUGAACCUAUGGCUUCUGAUGGCCUUCGUACUAUUUCUGUUGCGUACAAAGAUUUCAUACCUGGAAAAACUGAUUCACCCAACCAAGUGCAUUAUGAAGGGGAACCCGAUUGGGAAAGCGAAGACAGUAUAGUGUGCGACCUCACUGCACUGUGUGUUGUGGGAAUUGAAGAUCCCGUUCGACCGGAGGUGCCUGAAGCUAUUAGAAAAUGUCAGCGAGCUGGUAUUACUGUACGUAUGGUUACCGGAGAUAAUGUGAACACAGCCCGAUCAAUUGCCACCAAGUGUGGUAUAUAUAAAACUGGAGAAGACUGGCUUGUAUUGGAAGGCAAAGAAUUCAAUCAACGAAUUCGUGAUGCUAAUGGCGAUGUUCAACAGCAUUUAUUGGAUAAAGUGUGGCCUAAAUUGAGAGUAUUGGCUAGGUCAUCGCCAACAGAUAAAUACACAUUGGUAAAGGGUAUUAUUGACAGUAAAGUGAGUGAUAGUCGGGAGGUAGUGGCAGUAACCGGUGACGGUACCAAUGAUGGUCCUGCAUUGAAAAAAGCUGACGUUGGAUUUGCCAUGGGUAUUGCUGGAACAGAUGUAGCUAAAGAAGCUUCAGAUAUUAUUUUGACAGAUGACAACUUCAGUAGUAUUGUUAAAGCAGUAAUGUGGGGUCGUAAUGUGUACGACAGCAUUGCUAAAUUUUUACAGUUCCAGUUGACCGUAAAUGUGGUAGCCGUUAUUGUAGCAUUUAUAGGAGCAUGCGCCGUCCAAGACAGUCCGCUAAAGGCUGUUCAAAUGUUGUGGGUAAACUUGAUUAUGGACACGCUGGCCUCGUUGGCGUUGGCCACUGAGCUGCCCACUUCCGACUUGCUGUUGCGAAAACCGUACGGUCGUACGAAGCCUCUGAUAUCGCGCACCAUGAUGAAAAACAUCAUUGGCCAGGCCGUCUAUCAAUUGACGGUUAUCUUCUCACUGUUGUUCGCCGGCGAUAAGAUGCUGGACAUACCUACAGGCCGUGGAGCUGAAUUCGGCUCGGAGCCCACGCAACAUUUCACCGUCAUCUUCAACACUUUUGUCAUGAUGACGCUAUUCAAUGAGAUCAAUGCUCGUAAAAUCCAUGGUCAGCGUAACGUGUUCCAGGGAUUCUUCACCAACCCGAUAUUCUACAGCAUAUGGAUCGGCACCGUGCUGUCACAAGUGUUCAUCAUCCAGUACGGCAAGGACGCUUUCAGCACCAAGAGCCUCACGCUGGAGCAGUGGAUGUGGUGCUUGUUGUUCGGGUUCGGCACCCUGCUGUGGGGUCAGAUAGUCACCACUGUGCCUACCCGCAAAAUCCCGAAACUUCUGUCAUGGGGACGCGGACAUCCAGAGGAGUACACCAACGCUAUAAAUCUAGGUGAAGAGAACAGAUACGAUCCCGAUUCCGGGCAAAAGCCGCGGGCCGGCCAGAUCCUGUGGAUCCGUGGACUGACCAGGCUACAGACUCAGGUGAUAGGCGGUGAAUUGCAAGAACGUUUGAUUCCGGUCCCAUACAGCAAGAGCUCCACUGACCAAGCUAUACGAGUGGUUAACGCUUUCCGGCAGGGUCUGGACGCACGUUACGGCGAGUCGCUGGCCGAAGUGUUGCGCAAACAGCCGUGCUUCAGCAAGAGACUGUCUGCGGCGACGGGCGGCGGCGGCGGAUCGUCAUCCAAAACCGGCGGAGGCGGUGGCACCGGCACCGGCGGAUCCAUCGAAUACGCUGACAGCGACAAUGCGAUUGGCGUCCCUCACAUCGACGUCGAACGUCUUUCGUCGCACAGCCACACGGAAACGGCCGUGUAAAUCAUUUUUAUUACUAAUUAUUAUUAUUAUUAUUUUACUUUUUCUUUUCGUCGCGCGAAAAACACGACAUUUAUACUUUAUAUACAUUAUAAUAUCGACUCGUUCGUCCCCCCCCCCUCCCGUGACAUACCACACACGAGCUUUUCGACGUUUCUUGUAGUGAGUUUUUCGUUUUUUUUUCACAGUCGGUACAUAAUAAUAUAAUUAUAUAUCUACCGUCGAGCAGUUAACAUUUUUUUAUUUCCCUUUUCGUUUUGUUUAAGACAUACAACCUACUUGAGCGUCAGUAAACAUUUUAUUUUCAUCGAAAUAAUAUUAUAAGUCUAGCCCUCCGGAUCCGGCCUCGUCGCGGGAUAGACCACCUCUCCAUAACUUCCUUCCGUUCCACUGCUGAAUAUUAAUAAUAAAAAUAAAUAAAAUACUAAAUAAAGUAGGCACGCCAACAAACGCGGUUGUUGUUUAAUAAUUAAUAUUCACAUCACCUAUAUUUAUAUAAUGCGAUGGUAUAUUAUAUGCGUGUUGUAUAUUCAUUAUAAAAUGUACGUAUUGCUAAUAUUUUAAUUUCAACUAAAAACUCGUCACGUGCCUUAUACAAACAACAAUAGUUAUUGAAUAUUAUUGAAAUAUUAAACGUAUUACGUAAAUUUAUUAUUAUAUACACGUAUUAUAUUAUUAUUAUCGUCACGUUAUAUAUUAAUAUAUUAUAUUUUCCGCGCGUCGCCGAAAUAUUGGACCGGUGUAGGAGGGUUAGCUUAUAUUGUUAACUCGUCAUAUACCUAUAUAGUUGUAUCGUGAACGCGGAUAAUAAACAAUUUAUUUAAAUCAAACCAAUUAUUUUACCAUUCCGAAUUGUCCGUCAUCGUUUAUUAUGUUAUUAUUAUUGUAUCGAUCAAGCGUUUGAACUCUCUCGUGUGUACAUCGCAAAGUGCAAAAUAAAAAAGAACCAAAUUCCGUACGGUGAUAUAAUUUUAAUAUUUUACUCUUUAUUCCCCCCACGCCCUUCUUGACUCAAUUCAACUUUAAUAUAUAUAUUACGUUAAGUGUGUUGUGUGUUCCUUUCGCUAAUUCUCGUAUAUGGCAUUACCUACCAAAGCAUCGU